CUCUGUGGCCGAGGUAGAGCACCUCCCCUGUCCUCUCCCUCCUCCCCUCCCACCACUGCCCCCCAGUCAAUCCUCAGCCUCCUAACCUCCAGUCACUCCAGUCGCAUCAGCCCAAGACAGCCACCACCAAUGUGGGAGCCCCAGCAGCCCUCUGUCAGGAUGGUCACCCGACUACUACUGCUAACCUCCGCACUCCUCUCCACCUGUCAAGCGGCGGAAUCUCCGGCAUUGUUCACAAGUGUCACCCUGACUCUCGAGCCCAGCAACGCCGUCUCCCAGGGUACCAACUUGACGGUACGCUGCAAGGCCUUGGUCAGCAGCUCUGGGUUCCUGAACCGUAAAUACACCAUCUACAAGGACAACACCGUGGUGUACACGGAGAGCAUCACCACCGCAGAGGACCUCAUCUACUCUCUCCGCAUGGCCAGAGUGGCCAACACUGGGAAGUACAAAUGCAAGGUGAACAUACCGGGCAAGGAGCUAAGCAGCAGCUCUGAGAAACUGACUGUGACAGGCCUGCAGACGCCAGUCCUCAGCGUCGACAAGCGGGUGUUCAGCGAGGGAGAGGAGGUGACCGUUGGGUGUAAGGCCCCUGGGGAGUCCGGCGUUAUCGUCUUCUACUUCUACAAGGACUCCAAGGAACUCUAUGAGGAGAGGGUCGACGCCAACCAUGUGGAGACUAGGCUGCGAUUCAACAACGCUGGCGACCACAGGCUACACUGUGACUACAGGGUCAUACUCCUGACAGACUCGGUCCCGUCCAAUGCCAGCAACAAUGUGGUGGUCACUGUAAAAGAGCUGUUCAUCACACCUAUAAUCUCUGUCCGACCACACGGAUCAAUGAUCAUCGAAGGGGACAAUCUGGACAUCUCCUGCGGUGUCAGUGGUAACCUCCAGAACAGCUCUGGGCUCAAAGUCUUCCUGUCCAAGGGACCGACUCUGCUGAGUUCUGGUCAAAGUAAAGCCAACCACAGCAUGAGAGCACUGGCCGAGCACUCUGGGGAGUUUCAGUGCUCUCUGGAGGUGGGAAAUGUGGUCAAGCGAGCGACGGAAAACGUGAGGAUUACAGAACUGUUUUCCCAGCCAGUUCUGACCAUGUAUCCGACAGAGGUCUUUGAAAGGGAGAAAAUCACGUUAACCUGCAAGAGUACCAACUACUCCUCUGACAGAAUCAGCGCUUCGGAUGUGAAAUACUCCAUUUACAAGGACAAUUACACACUGACGCCAGGCAGCUUCAAUGGGAUAUACGUUGUCCCCGGGGUGGUACCGAACUCGAGUGGGAUUUAUUCAUGUAAAGCAGAUGCCAGGAUGAUCUCCAAGUACAGUGCAAAGCUGCCUGUCCAGGCAAAAGUUCUUGUCAGUAAACCGGAGAUAACGGCCAUUGGCAGAGUGAUCGUGGGAAAGCCCUUCCAGGUGCGCUGUCACUCAGACCGAGGCAGCCUACCCAUCGAGUACACCUUGUGGAAGAAGUAUUCUGAGGUUAACUCGACCACCGUGCAGCAGCCGCACCAUCAGGCCAUCUUCACUGUCACCGUCCAGCACUACAGCGACAUGCAGGACUAUAAAUGCGAGGCGCGGAAUAACCCCAAAAUCGACACGGUGGUCAGCAACAAACUCAACACCACAGUCAUAGUGCCUCUGUCCAAUCCAGGACUCAGCGUCGUCCCAGACCUGUUGGAGGUCACCGAGGGAAAUGAGAUGUACCUGAUCUGUGGGGUGGAAGGUUCCCCGCCCGUCACCUUUAAGUGGUACCGACGUGGGAACGUCCAGCCGCUGUUCAUCACCACCUCAAUCCAAUCCAGCGCGUCCCACCUGAUCAAGGGAGUGGGGAACGAGGACAGUGGCACCUACUACUGCGAGGCUAUCAACUACGCUAACAUGGUCCGGAGUCAGCCAGUCACCGUAGAUGUGAAAAUGGCAAUGUGGAAGAAAGGUUUGAUCGUGGCCUGCUGUCUGCUAGUGGUGGCUCUCCUAGCCCUCGCCUGCGUGCUGCGCUACAAUUCCAAGAGAGGUAAACGAGAAAACGCAGCUGAACUGUCAGUAAAGCCUUCGAGCCCUAAAUCAGAUGACUCUCUAACAGUGAGUCUUACCCACAGCACUAUGGAGGUUUAUAACCCGCCCGAAGUUGGAGUGGAUGCUGCUGUAAGUGUCUGGAGCGAGAGGCCGGUAGACCCAGGCAGUGACGGGGAGAGCAGUGCAGCGUCCAAUAAUGAGCCUGAUGUGGAGUACACGGAAGUGGUACACCGUCAACCAGUGGACCCUGCCAGAGCUCCCCUGAGAAAAGGCACAGAAACGGUGUACAGUGAAGUCCAGAACUCCCCAACAGGUGCACCUGGUGACCAUUAUGACUAUCAGGGUUCAGUGGAGUACGCCGAUCUCAACGGUGACCAACCGGAGGUCAACCAGGCCCUGCUGGAGGUCAAUCACCAGGACCACCAUGACCUCCCAGUGCCUGUGGAGUAAAGGUUACCUCUGAUCCCUUGCGGCCCCUCAUACUAGAACCACAAACUAAAUGAUCCCCACCUCUGCCCCCCGACAGUAACCACAGUCCUUAUUUCAAUAUUCUUCUUGUAUUCUGUACAUUUUCUCAAUAAGGAAGGUUGUUGACUCAUGUACGCUGUAGGUAUUUUUGCAUAAUUUUAUAGCCAAAUAAAAUCACAAAUCCUAAUUAGGACUUAGUUCUGUCAUACCUUGUAGACUCUUAUCUUUGUUUACCUUUACGUCUCAUGACCAUAGAGGGUGCUCCAGAGUUCAGUGAGCCUGGCCCUUCCCUCCAACACAGUUCCCUUUGAUGUCCUAAAUGGACAGCAUGACCGUUCCGCUCUCUGUCGUGAUGGCUAAAAAACAAAUCCCCCUUUUAGACUUCCGUUGCAGGGCAGUGUGAGUGGACUGAUAACCUCCCUACUGUCACUAGACUGGGUCCACACCCAAACCAGGGCACACUCCAGUAGGGCCAUCCCUGAAUCACACUAUGGAAAUAACUAUGGGAGAAAAAAAGUGAAUGUAAACAGAGGACCUGCCCGUCUCCAGCUGCUCAUCCUGAUGGUAUAUGGUGUCUGUGAUGUCACAUCCUGCCAGGCUGUGUCCAAGUCUGUCGAAAGUUGGCGGGAGACAAGUGUCAGGCUUGAAGUGACUCAGACAUGCAGUGCUGCACAUCGUUUUAUAUGACCUUCUUACUGCAGUUACUGUUUUUGUAAGAUCACACACAAAAUUAUCCAAGUAAAGUCAAGGUAAUGUUAAAACAUUUAAAAAAAAUAUCUAGCUUUCUAAACUUUUGAGUAUUGUAUAUUAAGUUAUUAGCAAUACGUGAUAUGAAUAGACAAUGGUUACAAUCGUGCUGUAAAUUACAACGCCAUUGUAACCAAGGCAGUUAACCCGCUGUUCCCAGGCCUUCGUUGAAAAUAAGAAUUUGUUCUUAACUGACUUGCCUAGUUAAAUAAAGGUUAAAAUAUAUAUAUAUAGUAUAGGGGUCUAUCGUUAGUGUAAUAAUCAGUUUGGCCGGUAGAGCGCAUCAUCCUCUUAAAAAUACAGUGACGUUUGACCAAGAAUGUUUCUGCUGCCUUGUACUUCACACAGACAUUCGCUAUGGAGAGUUAUUGGUGUGUGGAUUCCGCCAUCUUGUGACUAAAAGUCGUAGGUGUCAGAUAGUUUCUAAUCAUAAGAGCGAUAAGGGCCCAUAUCUCCAGUUCUCAACUUAGUAGUGCUGAUCUAGGGUGUCCAUAAUGUUAUUCAUUAUAAUUCAAAAAGGUAAAACUGAUCCUAGGUCAGCCAGCACCCCUACUCUGAGACGCGUUUUAAAUACAGUCCCUGAUUCUGUUUUUGUUUUAUUUUCGAGACGAGACUCAUAUUCUAAUCAUAUAAAAAGGCUUAAAGUAACCCUAAAAGGUACAAAAUGCAAAUAGGUUGGUGGUUUUUGUGAAACUAUAAUAAAUGUAGGCCUAUGUCAUCUUAAACUCAGAGCACCUGCAGAGUAACUCUGUCUUAGAAACAGAUAAACACCAUUUUCACACCUUAAAAACACGUUUAUACAACUGAGUGUUGCUUCCUCGAGUACGAUGCACAAUGUCUUUCCUGCGUUGUUUACGAACAUGUCAGCUAACACCGAGACACUCUCGUAAUCAUCUCUCGUAGUCUUGACAACAGGACCUCACGUCAAUUAUCUAUCUAAAUUGCAAUUUCCUCUCUUUGAUAACCCCAAGGCCAUUGGGGAAACUGCAAUGGCAGCAUUGGCAUGGCAACCACAAAUUAAACUCUCUUCGUUCUAAGGGCAAUUUACAUAAUGUCCUCAUCGUGGUCAGAAGCCUGUUAAAGACUAAUUAAAGGACAUUACCAGAAUGGCCAUAACAUCGCUUGAGUGCUUCGAUGGUUGACCUGUGUUAAUGGAAUCAUGACGCUGCGAUUUUUGGAUGAAUACAUUUGGUUAAUUUGUGAGCACCGUUUUUCACAUCUAAAAUGGGACGUAGAAAAAUGUGUUUUGCUGGGUCAGACGAGAUGAGAGUGUAGCCUAUAACAUGAUAAUAUAACUGUUACGUCGCCAAAUAUCAUUGUUUUAUAGCGCAAACAUAUAGCAUCAUUGCCCUAAUGACAUGGCAGGGGACAGGGUAAUCGAAAACAGUUGCAGUGCUCGAACACCCUCCUAUUUGCAUAUCAUUUGCAUAUUGACUUAUAGAUCAAAAUGAAACAAUAGGUAAACAUCCUGCCACCCUUCACACCAAAUGCUAUUGUUUCUGCCCUGCAGGCACUGUGAGUGUUGCUAAUACUGGCGUGUGGUGAAUGGGCGUGGAGAGAAACCUUGUAUAUUUGUUUUGUCUAUCUGUCAAUACUUAGUGCUUACCGUGUUUUUGCAUUUAGUGGAAGUAGAUUGGGACUGACUGUGCGAACAGGGCGGGAAAAUAAUGACCAAUGACCGUAGUUGAGAUGAUGUGGACAAACCAAGUGUGAGCCGAGCAACUGUCAAAUCAGUUUGUCAGCCAGUCAGUCGCGUGACAGAUUAGAUGACUGUGAGAAGAGCUGGCGCCCUUUAAUGCGCUGUCAGUCAUGACACCUACUGGUGUUUGCACAUAAGCAGAGAAGUUGUGAAUUUGUGUUGCGCCUGUCUUCGUUUGGAAGGAAAACACAUCUAUGUGAACAGCAUUAUGGUGCCAAACAUUUAAAGAGUUCUAUUAUCUGAAAUGAAGCAAGGGAAUGCAAUUAAUCGGCCUAUCGUGCGCUGUAACUAAUAGACAGGUGUGAAUUACCUCUUAGAUCCAUGCACGUAAUUUCUUUGAAAUGUCGGUGAAAAGGAACUAUUGUCGUCUGGGUUCAAAAUACAAUUGUGGGCAAUAGCAAUGAAUACAAGACCUAAACAUUGGCUGAAACCUGUCUGAAAGAAGUACCCUGUCUGCCCUUGCCCAUAGGACAGUUCUAGAAUACCAGUUUGUCAGUGACAUCCUGGCAGUUAGAUUUGCACGUCCUUAUCUGGUCUAUUUGCAUUUAUUCAGCUCAACUGUUAAAAUUGACUUUGUGUAAGCUGUAUUUGCCCUCAGCCGUCGUUAUUAAAUAUAUACUGAAAAUGCACAGUUUAUGACUGACUCGGUUGUCGAGUAUGUAUGUCAUCAGUGUUUCAGAAUUGACCAAUACUGUGACUAGCUUUCAGUGCACCCAAGGACAACACAUAGCCAAUGGCUGCAGAGGUUUUGUUGCUAAUCACCAGCACACUGUUACAAUCAUGCCUUAAAGAUCACACGACAAUCCGCUUCUAUUGGGAAAUAGCCAUGACAACUGGUUAUUCAACUUGCUCAGUGCACCGUCAGCAUAGUGAUAACCCUGAAUAGGGAAGGGAAAAAAAUUAUGAUGUGUGCUGAUGGCCUCUUAUUUGGGAUGAGCUGGCUCCUGUGGGAUGAGCUGGCUCCUGUGGGAUGAGCUGGCUCCUGUGACCUGACCUUUGCAGACUUUGUACUUCCUGAACACGUCACACAACACUUUACUCAUACCAGGUUGUUAUUAUGGCCAGCAAUGUUGUAAUUAAUUCAAUUCAAGUCAACACUGUCAGUUUUGGGAAUGAAUAUACGUCAUUUCAUACAUGGUAUUUCCAUUCAGUCGCCCUGUAAUAUGAUGUUAUACAAUAAAAAAUACAAUCGGGUAAUAAAUAAUAUAGUAUUAUAUUGUUUACAUUUACAGUAAGCUAGCAUAAAAUAUUUUACUCAAUAUUUGAUACUGUCAUUGUAAACAUAUGUCUUAGACUUCAAAUCACAGUUUACUUGUUGUCUAUACAGAUUUGCAGAUGGUAUAGCAGGUGCAGCGAAGUGCUUGUGUUUCUUGCUCCAACAGUGCAGUAAUACCCCCCUCCGCACAAUGUCAAAGACCAGAAUAUAAAUAUAUGGUGUGUAUAGACAAUGUGAACAGUAUAUGAAUAAAAACUGACCCUGCAUA